GACAUCUGUUCCGAGCCUAAAGGCGAGCGGCGGCGGCGUCUCGGUGCUUCUCACUGUACCAACACUGUAUGACAGACCGGACCGACAAAUAUCUGCUGCUGCAUCGUGCAGGCACAUUAUAGAGACUCAUUUGUGUCUAUUGUUCGUUAGUUCUUUUUUUUAUUCGACAGGCUGCUUCAGCUCGUCACCAUGACAGCCCUGUCGCUUCUUUUGGUGGCCGUGGCGGCCGCGUCUGCCCUGGCCGAGUCCACUGUGUAUUUCCGAGAGCAAUUUGAAGACGGGGAUGCCUGGACAAGUCGCUGGGUGGAGUCCAAGCACAAGUCAGACUACGGCAAGUUUGUCCUGACAGCCGGGAAGUUCUAUGGAGAUGCAGAGAAAGACAAAGGUCUGCAAUCCAGCCAGGACGCCCGCUUCUACGCCCUGUCGGCACGUUUUGAUGACUUCAGCAACCAGGGCCAGCCCCUAGUCAUCCAGUUCACUGUGAAACAUGAGCAGAGCAUCGACUGUGGUGGAGGUUAUAUUAAACUGUUCCCCUCUGACCUCAGCCAGGAGGACAUGCACGGAGACUCUGUAUACAACAUCAUGUUUGGUCCUGAUAUUUGUGGCCCUGGUACAAAGAAGGUUCAUGUUAUCUUCAACUACAAAGGCAAGAAUCAUUUGAUCAACAAGGACAUCAGAUGCAAGGAUGAUGAGUACACCCACUUGUACACGCUGAUUGUCAACCCCGACAACACGUACGAGGUCAAGAUCGACAAUAAGAAGGUUGAGUCGGGCAAUCUGGAGGAUGACUGGGACUUCCUGCCCCCCAAAAAAAUCAAGGAUCCUGAAGCCAAAAAGCCAGAGGACUGGGAUGACAGGGAGAAGAUUCCAGACCCCGACGAUAAGAAACCAGAGGACUGGGACAAGCCUGAGAACAUCCCAGAUCCUGAUGCUAAGAAGCCCGAUGACUGGGAUGACGAGAUGGACGGAGAAUGGGAGCCACCUAUGGUCACCAACCCUGAUUACAAGGGUGAGUGGAAGCCCAGAGAAAUCACCAAUCCUGCCUAUAAGGGCAAGUGGAUCCACCCUGAGAUUGACAACCCGGAGUACACAGCCGAUUCUGAGAUCUAUAAAUACAAUAGCAUUGGUGUGAUUGGACUCGACUUGUGGCAGGUUAAGUCCGGUACCAUCUUUGACAACUUCCUGAUCACCAAUGACCCAAAUCUGGCAGAAGAAGUAGGCAAUGACACGUGGGGUAAAACUAAGGACGCAGAGAAGAAGAUGAAGGAAGGCCAAGAGGAAGAGGAGAGAAAGAAGCGUGAGGAGGAGGACAAGCAGAGGAGAGAUGAGGCAAAGGAGGAAGAGGAGGAGGAGGAGGAGGAGAAGGAUGAGGAGGAGGAAGACGAAGAGGAAGAGGAAGGGGAAGAGCAGGAGGAGGAGGAAGAGGAGGAUGAUGAAGGCACAGAUUCUAAACUCAAGGAUGAGUUAUAAACUUGGUGCAGGGACUGCUUAGAAAAGGAACCUGACUGCCUGAGUCAAUAAGCCAUUGGAACACGGCUGGUGACUGAGAUAAUAGACCCUCAUGACUGACACCCUGGGGUGGGGUUGGGUGGGAUGGGGUUUUUCAUUUGUUUGUUUACAAAGCAAGGGAAUAGGAGGGAAAAGGGCAAUCACUGUUCUGUUUCCUGUUUCCACAUGCUACUACUAUUGUUAUUGUUAUUAAAUGAGGAAUAGUAAUAGAAAAAAAUGAAGAUGUCAUAACGAAUGUCAAGGCGGGAAAUUGUAAAACUAAAUUGUUUCACAGGCGUUCCCAACAGAAAUCUAUAAACAGUCAUUUCUGUUGUUGCAAAACAUCUGGGUUUUAAUGAAGUAUACUGUUGUGGUGACAUGAAAAGCUAUGUUUGGUAUGUGAUUGAUACCAUGUAAAUGUUUUGCUUACCUCAUGUGUUUUGUUCGUCUUAUUAAUCUGUGUCACUUUUUGUUUGUUUGUUUGUUUGUUUGUUUGUUUUUGUUCAUCUUUUGUUACCUCCAUGUUGAUCUGAAAGGAUCAAACAGGGUUACACGUCAUUACGCAGGUUAUUAUGCCUGCUCUUACUUAAACCUCUGAUUCAAACAAGGGUGAAUGGCAUCGGGUACAAGAGUGCGUAAGGACUAACACUAUAUGUUUGACAACCUGUUCAAAAAAAGCUGUCGUCCAUAGGAUGGUAACAUGGGGUGCUUAAAGAUCAGAUCCCUUACAUAGUUUUGUACUGUAAAGUUAACACUUUUUCACUUCAAUGCACAUACUGUAGUCUUGUGUGUCAAUAAACUGUUCUCAAGCUCACAUGUACAUUAAGAGCACUCCAGUAGCAGGAAAGCUUAAGUUUCUUUUGGUACGCGUUCACUUUAGGUUUACUUAUUGUUGGUGUGCACAACCUGUUUCCUCAUUUCUGAUGCCAAUAUCUCUGCACUGCUGAACCCCAACACACUGUCCCAAACAGUCUGAAAAAUUAUCCUUUUGUAAAAGAUACAUUUUGUACUAAUGGUAGUAACUGAAGUGGGAAGAUUUUCAUGUGGGUGUGUUAAAAAAAAACAAGGACGGGCACUCUGUCCAAUAAAAACAACUGGAGGAAAAUGAGCAGAUGUACUUCUCAAUUCCAUGUCUUUAAUGUAUUUAUUUUAUUAUGUAGUCUUAUAUAUUAUAUAAAAGUAACAUGAUAUUUUGAUUGCUUAACUCUGUAUGGAUAGACCUGUGGGGCAUUUUGUUUGUUUCUUUGGUGGUAUUUAUCUGUGUUUUGUAUUUACUAUUUUACUGUGUUUUCAUUUGCUUGUACUCUUCUACAUUUCAGUGGGAAAUGUACUUUGCUGCAGUCACCAGUUACUCUGCAAAUUCAGAUUUCACAUACAAAACAUGACCACCUGAUGAAAUUAUGUAUAGACUAAACAAUCCAUCUGUAUAAUGUAGUUAAAAUUAGCUCCACCUUGACCAACUAAUAGUUAUAAUAACAGAACAACAAUAAUACAGGAAUAAACAUGCUUAUGUACUUUUA